UAACAGAGUCGCUAAACGGGUUAAAUGUGCGUUUUCGGUGGCGUUAAAGCACAAAAACACACCGUAUUUCACAUGUAUUGUGAGAGGGAGAUUGUGAGCGGCUGUGACUAACCGGUAACGUUAAGGAGGUGUGUUUUUAUCUCUCCGCCCACUCCGGAAAACUCACCGGAGUCGUCGUUAUUUGUAUGUUUUUAAGGUGACGUGGAGUCGGACUCCCUCUUCUAACACUGGCUCAUGUGUCAAUAAAAGUACUCAGUGUACCCGGACAUGAUCGCAAUGAGUGCAUAAGACGUUUGGGGGGACAUUUUUCCAAGAUGUUUAGCUGUAAAUCUUUACAUUGAGCUGACAGCAGCAGGACGCAUACCGGAGCAGAGAGAGAGGAGACCGCCUGUCUCUGUCUGGGCCUGGAGGAGUCCGAGGAAUCCGGAGCACAGACUGGUUUGGUUGGAUCUGCAGCAGCAUCGGACCUGGGGUUAUGCAGUGUGGAAUAGGACACCUGCCAGGUGGCUGCCAGAGGACGAUGGGCCUGCACUGCGUCUUGAUCCUGUGCCUGUUCUCUGGCUGGGCAGUGGGCUACAAGCAGGGGGACAACGUGACUCUCUAUGUCAACAAAGUGGGCCCUUAUCACAAUCCCCAGGAGACGUAUCACUACUACACGCUGCCUGUUUGCAGACCGGAGAAGGUGCAUCACAAGUCCCUUAGUCUGGGAGAAGUGUUGGAUGGUGACAGGAUGGCGGAGUCUUUAUAUCACAUCCGGUUCAAAGAGAACGUGGAGAAAAAAAGUCUUUGCAAGCUCACUCUCUCAAACAAACAGGUGGACGAACUUCGUGACGCUAUCGAGGAGCUGUUCUAUUUUGAAUUUGUCCUGGAUGAUAUUCCAAUCUGGGGGUUCGUGGGAUACAUAGAGGAGAGCGGCUUCCUGCCUCACAGCCACAAGGUGGUUUUGUGGACUCACCUGGACUUCAACAUCGAGUACAAUGGCGACUCAGUGAUCUUCGCCAAUGUUUCAGUAAAAGACGUUAAACCUGUUCCCCUGGAGGAGGGAGCGGGCACGGCGGUGGGUGGAGUCGGGGUGGGUGGAGGCAGCCUGACAGUCACCUUCACCUACAGCGUGCGCUGGUUCGAGUCCCCCCUACCUCACGCCCGGAGAGCCGAGCGCCUCAGAGACUACUCGUUCUUCCCCAAAACACUGGAGAUCCACUGGCUCUCCAUUAUCAACUCACUGGUGCUGGUGGUGCUGCUGCUGGGCUUCGUCAUCAUCAUCCUCAUGCGGGUCCUAAAGAAUGACUUUGCCAGGUACAAUGUGGAGGAGGAGGGCGGCUGUGAUGAUCUGGAUCAGGGAGACAACGGCUGGAAGAUCAUACAUACUGACGUCUUCAGGUUCCCACCCUACAAAAGCCUGCUGUGUGCCGUGCUGGGGGUGGGGGCUCAGUUCCUUACCCUUGCCACAGGAAUCAUCCUAAUGGCGUUGCUGGGAAUGUUCAACGUGCACCGCCACGGCGCCAUCAACUCUACAGCGAUCGUCCUGUACGCUCUGACCAGCUGCGUGUCGGGCUACGUGUCAUGCAGCUUUUACACACAGAUCAACGGCCAGCGCUGGGUGUGGAACAUCAUCCUCACCUCGUCACUCUUCUCCGCGCCUCUGUUCCUGACGUGGAGCGUCGUGAACUCCAUCCACUGGUGGAGCGGCUCCACUCAGGCUCUGCCGGCCACCACCGUGCUCCUCAUCCUGGGCGCCUGGGUGCUGGUGGGCUUCCCGCUCACCGUCAUCGGCGGCAUCGUGGGAAAGAACCGAGCCGGCAGCUUCCAGGCGCCCUGCCGCACUCGCAACAUCGCCCGGCAGAUCCCCACGCAGCCCUGGUACAAACACACGGCCGUGCACAUGGCCAUCGGCGGCUUCCUGCCAUUCAGUGCCAUCUCAGUGGAGCUGUAUUACAUCUUUGCCACGGUCUGGGGCAGAGAGCACUACACCCUCUACGGCAUCCUGCUGUGCGUCUUCGCCAUCCUCCUCUCGGUGGGCGCCUGCAUCUCCGUGGCGCUCACCUACUUCCUGCUGUCCGGCGAAGACUACCGGUGGUGGUGGCGGAGCGUCCUGAGCACCGGCUCCACCGGCCUCUUCAUCUUCGUCUACUCCGUUUUCUACUACCGGAACCGGUCGUCCAUGAGCGGCCUGGUGCAGAGCACCGAGUUCUUCGGUUACUCUCUGCUCACGGCGAUGGUCUUCACGCUGAUGCUGGGCAGCGUGUCGUUCUGGGCCUCGCUGGCAUUCAUCCGCUACAUCUACCGUAGCCUCAAGAUGGACUAGACAUGAACAAUCCUCAUCCUCCUCUCUUGCUUUCAGUCAUACACACACACACACACACACACACACCUCCAAUGAAGGAGGAGAAACGGGGCCUUUACCUUGAUUUGACAGGAUUGAACUAGAGCUUGUCAUUGUUAUAAUAAGGGAUAGUUGGUUGGUUGGAUCAUGCAUUUAAGGAUAAAAUGGGAUAUUUCAGUACAAAGGGAUGAUGUGUACCAUCAGGAGUGAAUGGGUAAAACGUAUGAUGAUAUGUGUGUGAAUGGAUCUAAUAAUUGUAUGAUGUUGUGUGGCAUCAUCUGCUCUGGUUCCUACUUCAUGGUCUACCAAGGCUUGGCAGGAUCUAUUCUUUAUUACACCAGAUACCCACCGAGACAGCUGACUCAUACUGUAGUUUUGAUUUAAUUAUGCAAGUUGCAAUUAUACUCCCCCCCCACACACACACACACAGUUGUGGCAGCCUAUUCAAAUAGAAUAUAAAAAUAGUUUUGCACUGGCCCUGUCAAGCUCCACACGGCCCUGCGGUGGAUAAGAGGAAUGAUGCGUUGUAGAUUGAAGAGCGGUUGCAAAGAUGUUGGUGAUGGUAGCAAUAUUGUUAUUGUAUUCUAUGGUCACCAUUGACUGUGAUUUUGGUUCUGAUGUAAAUAUAGUCUUUUCAAUAAAAUGCUUUUUAAUACAAUA